CGACGUGACGGAUUGAGGCAUGGAGCACUACGGGAUCUCGUUCCGCAAGUUCCUGCGUGUGCGGCGGUACAUCAAGGACAUGCGGCGUGGGGCUUACAUGGGGGUGCAAGAGCAUCCGUCCUUGCCUGUGGAGCGUCACUGGGUGGUGGUGGACAAGAGCAACGCCUUCCUGCUGUGGGACGACUCGGAGGCCACCCACUCGUCCGGCGAGCCCUCGUCAGUCGCACUCGCCCUCAAGGAUGUCGUCGACGUCACCCGCCACGACUCGCCCGCUGCAUCGGCAGACGUGCCGGUCCUCACCCUCUCCACUGCAGACGGCACUGUCGUCGUCCUCCAUCCGGACUCGUACCGCGAGCUGGAGGCCUGGCACCAGGGCCUGGCCAAUCUGUGUCAGCUCGUUACCGCCCCUCCCUCGCCCGCCGCAUCGCCUGCUGCCCGGUCUGCACGCGCAAACGCAGGUUCGCUCCCGGACCGCCCGCCGCUCCCGCCGGUCCUCCGCGACAUCACUGCCUCGGCCUCGGCCGUUCUCGGCCCAGGCGCUGACCCCCAGGCUGUCGAGGUCCUCACCGCCAAGCUCGAGCGCCUCUACCAGCAUGUCAUGGACCAGUACGACAUGCUCGACCAGAUUGCUGCCGAGAACGACGAGCUCCAUGCCCGCCUCGCCGCAGCCGAUGCCGCCGAUGCCGCCGCCGCCCAGCACACACAGCUCCUCGACCUUGUCCGUGUCAAGGAUGCCACCAUCGCACACCUCGAGGACUACAUCAGUGUCCUCUCCGCCGCCUUGUAAACGCCGCGGUACCCA